UAGAAAUGCGAGGACGAUUCUUCUCCUGAUCUCCAGCGAUGGCGUCGUGGUUAUCAUCCAAGCUCAAGGCCGCCGAGCAGCUCCUCAACCAGAUCGAUCAGCAAGCCGCGGACUCGCUCAAGAAGCCAGACAGGGAUUCACAGGAGCCAGAUCCUCUCUUCCAGGCCCCGAUCCAGCACGAAAUCCUCGGCAGCGCACCGCAUCCGAAAAUAUUUGGCGAUCCUCUCGUCCCGAGCAACAAGAUCACAUAUCGCUCUCCAGAUUUCGCUCCCUCUGGCGCUGCUCGCUCCUCAUCCUCGAUCCAAGGGAGCUCUACUCAUCCGGAGAAGGACGAUUGGACGGAGAUACUGUCCGCGGCUGGGAAUUCCGGGGAUUGGAAGAGGCCGGCAUCGAGAGAGAAGAUUCAAAGGAGUGAGAGUAACAGUAGAAGGCCGAGAAAGCUCCUCGCAGCGCCAGCGAAGAGAAUCAAUGCCUCCAAAAAGGCGGUGGCAACACAGGAGCCUAACUCUAAUGGCCUGGAGUUAGUGUCAGGCGAUAAACUCGAGAGGAAAGAAGAAAACAAAGAAGGGGAAAGCGUGACGAAGGAGGUGGUGGACACUAAAGAAGAUUUAGUUGGGACUGUUAACGAUACCAGCACGAAAGAGGACGAGGAUGCGAUUGAUCCGCCGACGUCACUGGAGCAAACCGAGGAAGAACUCUCGGCUUGCAAGGCUGCAAUCGAUGAGCGUGCAUUGUUUGUCGAGAAGCUCGAGGCAGAGAAGCAAGCUUUGGAAGCUUUGCUGGACGAGCGAGAAGAACAGCAAAAGAAGGAGGCUGCAGAGCUGAGGACGAGCAUGGUGGAGCUGAUCCAAGCAGCGGAUUUGGAAAAGCGACGCCAUAGUCAUACGAGGAUGGAAGCGCUGGAGAGAGAGUCCCUACUUCAGAACGAGAGUGUUGAGCUUGCUAAAUGCCUGGCUGCCGCACAGAGAAAAUUUGACGCAGAGCUUGCAGGACUUACGGAUGCUCGUACUAAGCUGGAGCUCAAGAGAGUUUCCGUGUUUGAGCUUGAGAGGAAGGCUUCACGACUUCGGUCGACCUUGGCAAAUCCUUCUAGUUCUUUUCUUCCUCAAAUCAGCAGUGACGUCUUUAAAGAGAAGCAAAAGGUUGCUGACGACAUCGAUUACUAUAAAGCUCAGGUAGAAAACCUCCAGGCAGAAAUACAUGCGUCAAGAAUGUCCCGGCAAAUGCAGAGUGACAAGGAAAGAGAACUAGAGUCCCGUUUGAUAGCACGGACCGAUCAUCUCAUUCACACGCAAACUCAAGUUGAAGCGCUAUCAACUGAGAAAGCCACGCUGAUCUUUCGUCUCGAGGCAUACUCGUCUCAGGAGAGGGCCUCGAAAACGAGAAACGAGAGCUCCGACAUCGAGUUUGGACCAACUGCAAGCGGUGACGAGCUUAUAAGCUGGAGCGAGAUUUCCAGUAAUCUCGACUCCCUCUUCAUUCAAGGUACCAGAGUGUUGGGCAUGAACAGAACUGUGAGAUCUCUAGCCGCAGCAUACUUCUUCCUGCUGCAUCUCUGGGUCGUGUUCAUCAUUGUCAAGCAUGCUCGAUUCUUGCACAGAUGAGAAGGAAAAGAAUUCUCUUUCUUGCUACCAUCAACUUCUUUCCCUGACAAGAGUUAAAACCAACGCUACGAAAGAAUUUCCUUCCUAGUCAAUCCUCCUCCUUUACCUCUCGUACUGUCACAAGAUGCAUUUACUCAUCUCUCGCAUCGGUAUGAACGGUAGCAUUCCUUCGCCAAACAGAUCAACCAGUGAGUUAAUGAGAUCGCCCACCUCCACAUCCUCCUUCCACGCCUCCGACAAAGCUCUCCUCCGCCUCUUCACGCCUUCGUCCUUGUCGUCGGCCCCGUCUUCCUCGUGCAUUGAUGCGUCCCCGUCGACAUCUUUGCGUGUUGUUGAUUGAGACUUGUUGUUAGCUGGUUUCUUCUUUGAGGGAGGAGCGGACUGGAGCAUUUCAUAUAUACAGUUUCCAGCCGCCGCCUGUGCCAUACGUGAAAGUGAGUUUCCAGUUCAGGCUUGGAAAAAUAAAUCUACCUGAAGAGCUCCGUAGACUCUGAUGGCUUCGUA